AUGGCCAGGACUGGGCUCUGCGACUCCAAGCCUCUGCUGGACUUAUACGCCACGGACAGAUUAUCUACACAGAGUGGCUGCAUUGGCACAGGCCUCCAUGAAGAUGGUCAAACGCAAUCGACUACCUGCAUAAUCAACACCAAAGACAGCUGUGUGGAGGAGCCUGUACUACUUUACCAUCAUGGUUUUCAAGACCUUCAUAGCCUGCAGCCACUGCUCCCCAGUUUACUGCGUCAUGAAGUGGAGCUAGCACUGGAGAAACUGGGCUUAAUAUGGGAUCGGACAUAUGCUUGGGACAUCUUCAUGGAUAUGAUGAGAACUCAGCUGAGCAGCACUUUUCCCAGCGCUGAUCUGCCUCAUCCUUUCACCGAUGCCACUCAUGCUGUUCUGGUGGACUGGCUCAUUCGGGUUCAUGAGAUCCUGCAUUUCCAGGAAGAAACUCUGUAUUUAGCGACACACUUGCUCAAUCGCUCUCUACGUCUGAUCAAAGUGUCCACAGCCAAUCUGCAGCUACUCGGCAUGGUUUGUCUCUUUCUUGCUGCAAAGAAGGAAGAGUGUCUCCUCCCUGAGGUGUCUGGACUCUGUUACUUAAUGGACAACACCUACAGUAAACGUCAGUUGCUUCGGAUGGAACGCAAAGUCUUCUGUGGACUCAAGUUUGACUUGUCUUACUGUCCUCCUCUGCACUUCCUCCUCCUGUCUGCCUCCAUUGCUCGCUGUGGGGCUAAGGUAGUGUGGAUGGCUCGCUAUCUGCUGGAACUGUCACUCAUGGGCGGACAGUGCGUGGUGUUCCUGCCCGUGCAGCUGGCUGGGGCGGCCCUCUGCUUGGCCCGUCAAGUCCUGCAGGAGACCAUGACGCCAGAGGGGGAGGCUGCUUGGUGUCGGGCUGCUAGCAUCCAUGUUGGAAGUGAAGCUGCCCUGCUGAGGAUCAUGCACAUUAUGGCAAGCGCUGCAGCUAGAGCUCACACCAGAGAGACCUGUGCUACUUUUGUUAAGUUCUCGUCACCAAAGACCAUGCAUGUCAGCAGACACCCUGGUCUGAAGACUGCCUCUGGUCUGCUAGGUUUAUGCACAUCACUUACCUGACACACAGUAAAUAUGCUAAUAUUUUGUUUUAAAGGUAGUAAUACUAAAUCUGUAUCACAUCAGCACUUUAGUGUAAUAAACCCCCAGCCAAAGGAUUUUGGCUACUGAUUCUGAGGAAUUACCAUGAAAAUGAGUGUGAAAGAUUUGAUGCCAAAAGCUGUUCGACAAAGAAUUGCAUGUGCUUUGUGUGCAUGUGGUAUCACCAACUUAGUGGUACCCAUUUUAUGAUCUUAUCUCGCAGCUGACUUAGAAAAUAUUUGAAAUGUCAUGUAUUUGUUGUUUGUGGAGACGAUGUCAGCUUUCAUAGUUAUUUGAGAAAUUUUAAUGUAAAAAAUAAAGUGUCUGCUGC